AUGUACCUAGAACAUAACAUCAGCUGUAACAUCACUGUUCAUAACAGUUUUCAUCUCAUUCAACUCCUUGUUUAUAUCCCAGUUUUCUUUGUUGGAACUACAUUGAAUGGAUUGGCUUUGUGGAUAUUCUGCUACAAAAUAAACAGAUGGACAGAAACCAGAGUGUACAUGACCAACUUAGUCAUGGCUGAUGGCUGCCUGCUCUUUACUUUGCCUUUCAAAAUGGUCUUCAGCUAUAAUCAACAACAAGUGGACACAUGGUGUUUGAUUGUAGAGUCAGCAUAUUUUAUAAACCGAUUAAUGAGCAUUUAUAUUAUCACUAUCGUGGCAAUUGAUCGAUACAUUACAGUAAAAUACCCCCUAAAAGCAAAGGGACUGAAGUCUCCAUUCAAGGCAGCUACUAUCUCUGCAUGUCUCUGGAUACUAAUUAUAUGCCUUGUUGGCAUAACUAAAGCAUGGGAGAAUCGAGAACAACCUGGAAUUUGCUUUGAGCCUUCUGGGAAGCCCUCCCGAGAGACUUUACUCGCUUGUCUUUUGGGGUUUUUUAUACCAUUAAUAAUCUUGAGUUUUUGUUCCGUACAAGUCAUUAAGAAACUUGUGAGGAAGAGGAAUACAACUGCACAUGAAGAAAAGUUAAUCCAGAAAGCAAUCUACAUUAUUUCUGCAAACAUGAUCGUGUUUUUGGCAUGCUUUUUCCCUGUUUAUACUGGGCACAUCGUGCAGUUUAUAGUGAACUACACCAACGCUGUGUGCUCUGUAAGAUCAAACGUUAACAAUUUUGUACACCUGGCCUCACUUACAGCAAACACCAACUGCUGCUUGGAUGCCAUUUGUUACUAUUUUGUAAGUCAGGAAUUUCAGGAGGCCACUUCUCUGUUGCAGAAGUCCAACGCUUCAAAGUCAAUGACUUACCAAAGGCAAAUGUAACACUCCACACACCGUUUGCUAGUCGAAAAUGAGUACAACAUACUAUAGGGUCUGCAACUUGCAACACUGAAGAUACAUUAGGAGCAAUAGGAAGCAUGAUUUUAAGGGUCUCUAUGUUCAGCUGUUCACUUCAUGUGGGUAUGUGCUCCCUAUGAGGAUCCCUCACUAUCCUCCCCCCCUCCCCCCCAACCCACCGUAGAAAUGUUCCAUACCUGAAUCCUAAGCGUUUACCUAAUUUUUCCUUGCAAGGACUUCUCCAUUAAAUGAUAGUUUUCUCUCUCAUAAAACUGCUGCUUUGUUUUCACUACCAAAUGGAUGCAACACCCAGAAAAAUGUGGAACCAGAGAAAAUGUGAAUCUCUCUUCCAAACAGGAAAACAACUGAAGCCACCAACUUUCUUUCACCGAUCAAUAUAUUGAGAAACUAAAGAACUGCCAAGGGAAAAAAAAAAUCAGCAAAAUGUUUCAUUUCGAUAUAAUAUAUUUAUUGGUAUGCAUAAGCUCCAUAUUAUGUUUGCAUAAUUUGCUAUCUUUUCUGUUUCUGUUGAUAUCAGAGGAUGUUUCGCUGUAGAACAAGAUAAUUUAGCUUCUUUCUAUCAAAUUUAAAACAUCAGGGAUGCCAUUCAAAUAUUGGAAUUAUUAAAGUUUGGAUCCCAUAUUGCAACACAAAUUUUGCAUGAUAUUCAAGCUUUUAUACACGUUAUACCAAAAACUUUUAAGGUGAGUUAAAAUAACAUCACUGAUGUUACAGAAGGGAAACAUGCCUGACAGUUGGUUUGUUAUAUAGUUUAUUAUAGAGAGAAUAAACUAAAAAUGUUGUCAUCCACAAGAUUUAUAUUUCUAGAAAUGUAAAUUGUGUUAGUGGGAUAAGACACACUUCAACAACCCCUGAUGAAAAAUGGUCAGUGGAAAAACUCUAAAUGUUUUCUGGGACUUCAGGGCAAGCUGCAUAGUCUAGCUGAAGGCCAGUAACUAGAAGACAGAUCCAAAAUUAUAAUGAAAACUGAUUAUAACAAAAGUGGCUCACUGGAUACAUGGAUUAAUGUACAAUGGAGAUGAAUGGAGUGAUGCCACUUGAAACACCCAGAAUCCAAAGUGAGAUGGUGAAUGCUAAACCUGGAUUUUCAGAACCAGAUAAGCCUGCUACUUACAUAAUUCCUCAUUCAAACUGAGAAUCUGGAUGCAAAUAUAGCUAGUUAAAUACCCUAUUAGUUAGGCACAACUGACUGGCAUACCCAAUUGUAGUAACCGUGCAUACAAAUUAGAUAUGCAGUUUCACACAUUUUUUUAUAGAUGAAGCUGGCUGUCUCAGGUUUAAAAGUCCUAGAGUAUUGUCGCUGACAUCAUGUGGACUGCUGCUUUUAUUAUGUGAAGAAAAUGAAACAUGAAGCAUCUCACUGCAUAAAUGGUUGGGAUUACCCUGAGUGUGAUUUAUCAUUUAAGUCAUAAAUGAAAAAUAACAGCACUGAAGAGGAUGAGCGACUGAACGUGUUACACAAAUAAAUCCCAGAUCAUUCAGAGAAGGAUAGGGAGUGUUUUUUUAAAAGUGAACAGAAUACAGAGAUUACAGAUCAUUUGAAAUGCUACUUAUCUGGAAAGACGACCUGACACAUUUCUGGAGAAAAGAAGAUAGAGGUGUCUUGUUUGUUUGCCAGCUCACUGAACUUCUGGUAAGAAGAACAUUGAUUCUGCACCAUUGAAAUCAGAGGAUGUUUUACAGCUUGUUUCUAGGAGUUGUUCAAAGAGCAUCUGACUUCACAAAAAGCCUCCAAGAGUGGAUAAAUUAAAUUCUUUUGCCUUUUAUUUCUUCUUUGACAUUAUCGUGAGUUCUGCCUAUCAAGGUAUGCAUCUCCCAUGGACGAUCUUCUGAAUCUGCUCAGUGAGAUUGAGAGUUUCCUGGUAAGGAUUUCAUAUGUGUCAUGACUAAUGUAAAUUGGGAAUCUAUUUUCUUUAUUGAAGUGUUGUUGAAGUACUUCCCCUGUAUUCUGCUUGCCUCUGAAAAAUGUGGAUUUUCUUGUUGACAAACACUUGUGCUACUGUUGUG